GGCUGGCUGGCGGGCUGAUUUCCGCAUUAACGUUUCCAGGGCAGCAUGGCAGCAGAGCCGUGGAACAGAGUAAACAUUGCCUUUCCCGGUGCCGUUUCUAGUGUCCGUAUACAUUUCUGCUCAACUACAGAUGCACGUGUUAAAGCCCUGUUGGCGGACAAUGAGAAGGUGCUUAAGCUCCUUCAGAGUGAGAUUCUUCAGACGGAGGUUCGAGUCCUCUACGACCUGCUGCACGUGCUCAACAACAGCUUCAGAGGCAACAAGACGUUCAAAGGCUUAAAGCAGGUUGAACAAUGCAUGAACAGACUGAAGAUCAUGAAGCUUGAUGAUGCUCUUCAGGAGCUGAGAGAGCUAUGUCCCAACAGAAGUAAAAGAGGAGUGAGCAUCAAGGUUUGUGAGGCUGAUGUCCCCUCUCAGCCCAUGCUGGAGUGGCUCUGUCUCAAAGUGCUGGGAGCCGCCCAGCUGAUGAGCUGCACAUUGAAUCGCUGCAGCAGAGCGUUCUCACUCUCAAAGCAGCAGCUGAAACUGGAGGAGUUUGCUGUCCUCAAUGUGGUGAUAAUCAGCAUGCUCAGUCGUCUCUGGGUGAUUGCCCGUGGUGUCCUGGUCAGCCUGUCAGCUCUGUAUCAGCAGCUUCUGGAGCUCCUCAGAGAAGUAGCCAACGCUCAGCCCAUGCCCUUCCUCACAGACUUCUCCUUGCCAGCAGAUAUGGCUCAGUUCCUAGGUCCUCCUCAUGCUAUUUUAGUAAGCAAAAAGCCAAAAGCACAUAGUGCCCAUGCCAAAGAACAGCAGCAGGAGAGGAGGAAGAAAUCUGUUAAAGUCAAGAACAGGGGAGAGAUGAAGAAGGUUAAAGAAGAUCUGGGGGUUGCUGUUGAAAGAGGUUUAGGCCUUGACACUGAUAUGAAGCCUUUUCUGAAGGUUGUCAGGGACUUUACUGAGGUCAAAUCCUUCCCACACAAAACACGCAACUCUGGCAGGAAGCAAAAGUUCAAGAAACAAGUGAGAGAGGCUACAACCUUCACAGAAAUGGAGAGGCAUCUAGAAGAAAUGAUCCCGUGGUGUAAAUCAAAGGAGAUGGAAAAGGAAAAACGUCUUUUAACCUUCCUGCACUUAAAAUGCCAAAGGCUGAAAUGCCUAGAGGCAGCAGGUUACAACGUCCAGAGGAGGUUGCGGAGCUUCAGACAGGAAGCCUGCUGGGCUUCAUCUCCUCAAGGGUCAGCGCCGAGAACCUGCCGGUCUCCUGCUGCAACGAGGACACUCGCUCGACUGAGAACUCGUUUUCACUCACUCAGGAGUCGGUAUAAGCUCUCAGCAAUAAGAGCUGGUGUGAAGAAGAUAUGGCGGAAGAGACAAAAGACUAGGACUGAGUUAUCAGAGUCCACGCUGUCGGAGGACGACCACAGAAACAGGACUGCGUACAAGACGACGUCUGAGACUUCUGUCUGUGAGAGCCAUGAUGACAUAGAUGAUAUAUUUGCCUCUGUGGGCUUGUGACACUUUAGAACACACUGCCAAGGAAACAAAUGACUAUGCAGUUUAAACGUGCCUUUGUUUUGUAAGGAAAGGUGGAAUUUCAUGUGGAAGGAAAAGUGAUGAUUCAACACUAUGAAUGUUAUACAGAUGCUAAACAGCAGCUGUUACUGUUAAAGCUGUUCGAGUUUUUUUGCCUGUAUCGGAUAUGACAGUGUCGAGCAGACCUGGGCAUUGGGCGGCCCGCGGGCCACAUCCUGCAUGCAUACCCAUCUGCAAAGAAACGCGUUCCACAAAAUACACUGAGUUACCUCGGCACCUUGUCAAAAACACAUUUCUUUUUGCAUAAAGUUAAUAAAUUACUGCUUUACUGCAUAACAUGCAUGCUCUAUGUUGUUUUUG